AUGCAGGAGAUAGUUGACCCCAAAAUUGCUAUCGGAUCUGAAUGCGUUCCCCAUGACAUUAAUCGGUUUAUUUUUGAGGGGAUAGGUGACGCGAAAUUCUCGCAUCAGCUCCCAGAAACAUCACAGAAGCUGGCGCCGAUCCAUCUUCUUCCGAGACGCGGUGGUCCCGUCGAAGUGCGGCGAGGUGGAUUCUGGGGUAUGUCCAACAUCGCGGCAUACACGCCUCUCGAGUCAUUUCUGUUGUUCAAGGCCCUGUACGCCCGCGGCGUCUCUGCAGCCGUAUUUGACGACAUCUCGGCCGACCUCAUCAACUACGAGUUCAUCAAGGACGAUGCCACCUACGAUGUCACCCGCCUGAGCCCCGCCUCCCUGCAGGAGCUCUUCUUGCAUCUCUUGCGCGACGAACUGAAGCUCAACGUCGACACAUCGGACAAGGUCAGCGACGGCAGCCUGUCCCCCAACAAGAGGCGAAAGCUACAUGCACCGACCCCACGCAACCUCCAGGAGGCUGCCGAACACCUCCCCAAGGUGCCCAAUGUGCUGCAGAGACUGUACAAGGAAUGGAGAGCCCACCGGAUUACUUCGAUUCUCGAGGAUGAGCAGCGGUUCGAGCAGAUCUCGGCCGAAAUCGCAAAGGCCGAGAAGGAGGCUGCGCCGACAACCAAGAACGGCGCAGGCGAUGCUGCACCGCAAUCACAGCCUGCGGUUCCUUCACCUACACCAAGAACCACGCCUGCACCGCAGCGCAUUACCUUUGUCAAACCCGAAGCAGACACUACACCAACUGGAAUCGGUGACGAAGUCGAGGACACCAACCCCCGUGCCGGCACCGUCAAGUGCGGUUGCGGACUCCGAGCCGGCUACUCCGCUGUCGCGACAACCGUCUCCUGCAGCGCCGCCAAAGUUCACGCCAACACAGGCGCAGUCCCCUCGACCCGGCCCAGUCACUCUACCUUCGGCAGUUCCCACUCGACUUGCGACCUCGACUCCUCCAACCAUCCCAGGCCAUCAGGUAUCUACCCCGCCGCGUGUUCCAUCACCAGCUGCUGCCCUUGUAUCAACGACGGCAGCUACAGCACAACCUCCCGCUGUGCACACUUCGCAGCCGUCCCUCCACGUGACACCCGUGACGGCGCAUAA